AUGGAACUGAACCUAGAACCUCUUGGUCUUGCUACACUCAAGAACACGAACGUCAUCACAAUCAUCCUUUCAAUCUCUUACAUCUCUCUAGCUUCAAAGAUGAAAAAAUCCACCUUCUCUUUAACUAGUUUUCAGAGCGAGGAGGGAAUCAUCUUCGAUACGCAGGCGAUUCAACGCAUGGAGCUUCUAAUUCUCGGUGUGUUGAAAUGGCGGAUACGAUCGGUGACGCCUUUCGCAUUCCUCCUAUUCUUCCUCUCGUUUUUCAAACAGAACGACCCUCCAUUGAAGCAGGCUUUAAAAGCUAUGGCUACAGAAAUCGUUUUCAAAGCUCAGAACGAAGUCAAGAUCUUAGAGCAUAAACCGUCUGAAUCGCUGCUUCAGCACUACUCCUUGCUUCCCACGAGCUUUCCCCCCCUGCAAUUUCCUUGUUUUCAAAAGGGGAUUUCUUCCUGUGUAUAUAUAAAUAAAGAGAAGCUGUUGGAUUGCUACAAUCUGAUGCAAGGUGUGGUAAUGGACGGUUACGAAUCGAUCUUGUUGGAUGAGGUAUGGAGUUUGGAGACGCCAGUCAAUGUCCUUGACCGUCAUUCCCUGAGUUUGGAAAGCAAGAAAACCAGCCGCAUCAGCAUUGGAUGCGCUAUUACAAGAUCGGAAGCAUGGAUAAAGAAGAGAAAGAUAAUGCGCUAUUACGAGAAAAUCGAUCUUUUGGAUUUUUUUCAUCUAGCCAGAAAGAUGCAAGAGAUUGGAAUUCAGCGACGGAAGGAGGGAACGGAUUUGUGA